AAUAUAUCAUACAAAUUUUGGGUUAUGUUCUGAUUGUCACAUCCUGACAGAUGAGGUAAUCCAUAAACUAAUCCAGAAAGGCACAAUCGCAAAUUAAUUGUGCCUCGACCUCGAAUUUUCCAGUAUUUCCACAUUCCCAAGUAGAUUAUGGCAACUUGACGCAGCCGAAAAUCAACCAGCUUUUGAACCAGUCCGUUACAUAAACCGGUCAAAUUACUGGGAAGUUUUCGUCGGAACAUUGAAGGCCAAAUUGUUUGCGAACAAAACAAGCAGGAACGAUGAAGUUUUUCGAGAAUUCUACAGUUUUUAAUUACAGUUGGGAGCAAGUCGCCCAAGGAUUUUGGAGGAGAUACCCUAAUCCCCAUAGUAAACAUGUCUUAAGUGAAGACACAAUCUCUCGCGAAGUCAAAUCCGGAAAGCUGAUCACAAAACGUAUCCUUAGCAAGACCAACAACAUUCCAAAAUGGGCCAAAAAAUUCAUCAACACUACUUACGUUUACAUAAUUGAAGAGAGUAUAGUUGAUCCAAAAAACAAAUCCUUGGUAACUUAUACAAGGAAUUUAGGUUUUACUAAAGUCAUGAGUGUCACAGAAAAAGUUGUCUACAAACAAAGCGAAGAAAAUCCAUCUAAAACAGUUGUAUCUCGCUAUGCCUGGAUCGACUCUCAAGUUAAAGGGUUCAGUAGGGCUAUUUGUGCGUUUGGUUACGAAAGAUUCAAAAAAAACGCAAACGUCAUGAUAGGAGGAUUUAACUAUGUGCUGCAAAACAUGUACCCACACCAGAACGUGAUUCAUAGUGUGACCAGCACAACAGCCAAUAAAAUCAAAGAUGCAGCUAAAAACGCUUCUGAACUUGCCAAAAGCAAAGCAGCUCCGAUAUAUGCAUCCCUUCAUCCAAAUCAGUCUUAAAAAUAAAAGUUUUUGGGUAGUAAGUAAUUUUUGUAUGAUUGGUAGGUAUAAGUAAAUAGUAUACCCUUCCAUUGAGGUUUUGGAAAAAUCCUGACUGAAUAAAAAAAACCAUUCCACCUGUGAGUGUGUAUUGAGUAACUGCUUGAAACAACUUUUCCCUUCACUCUAAAAAUAUAACUAAAUUUUAUCAGCUUAUGAUUGACUUUAAGUAUAAUUUACAAUAAACAAUGUUUUGGUAAUUUUAUCAUUAUUAUUUUGAUUGUGGAACUUAUGUUUCAUUAAUUUCUAGUUUGAUUCACAUGUAUAAUUAUUUGUAAUUUUUUUUGUGACUUCAAUAAACUAUACAUCUUAAACUAAUAAUAAUCGUUAGGUUUUGUUUUAAAGGAUAGGGUUUAUGAUUAUUAUUAUUGUCAAGUAAUCUAGAGUUAAUCUUUUUUGUAAAAUAACUAUUAUAAUUUGUAUAUAAUAAAAAAUAUAUUAUCUAUGUUGUAAAUUUAGUGUAUCUAUUGCUCCAUCUUUUCUUU